ACGCCAGCUACGGGAUCAAGCCUCUGGAGACCGCUGCUGGGUAUCAGCAUGUCGUGUACCCAGUGUGGAAUGAAAACACAGAGACACGGUUGUUCUUGGAAAACAGCUCUCUCGCCCGCCCUGGGGAGGUUUUCCUGGAGCUGGAGGAGGCAGGAGCAAGCACGCGAGCUGUCGGUAGAUCCCCUCGGUACCUGAAAACGCACGCAGUUUUGGACAAGGCUCUGUACGACUACAUGGGGGCAGACAAGGAUGCUGCGACGGCCAAGAUGGUGCAGCUUUUCAGCUACGUGAACAGCAUGUUUGCUCGCCUCAAUCUGACGAUAGUACUGUCUUCUCUGGAGUUUUGGACGGAAAAGAACAAAAUCCCAACGGCGGGAGACGCCGAGGAGUUGCUGCAGAGAUUUUUGCAGUGGAAGAAUGUGCAUCGCGCAUUGCGGCUGCGGGACAUAACGUUCCUGUUCGUUUACAGGGAGCACUCCCGUUACGAAGGGGCGUCUUCUGCGAGGAAGCUGUGUCUCAGAAACCACGCUGGAGCUGUUGCCCUGUGCCAGAGGGCGAUGAGGCUGGAGGCGUUGGCAGUCGUCGUGGCCCGACUGCUGGGGCUGAGCCUGGGGAUGACGUACGAUGAUCCCCGGAGCUGUCGCUGCGCAGCAGCCGCCUGCAUCAUGGGGACCGGCUCAGUGCGCUCGUCUGGUGUGAGAGCCUUCAGCAGCUGCAGCAUCAGAGACUUCCAGCGUUUUCUCGCCGCCGGGGAAGGACAGUGUCUGCUGAACAGGACAACCAUGGAUGCAGCCUAUAAAGCUCCCGUGUGCGGCAACAAAGUGGUGGAGCCAGGAGAGGCUUGUGACUGCGGUACGGCAGAGGAAUGUCGGCGUGAUCCGUGCUGCACUGUGGGCUGCAAGACGAGGCCAGGGGUGCAGUGCCUGUCGGGACCGUGCUGUCGGAAAUGCCAGUUUGUGAAAAGAGGCACGUUAUGUAGAAGCAGCUCCGAGAACGAGUGUGAGUUGAAGGAAUAUUGCAACGGCACCUCUGGGGAGUGCCCACCCGACCUCUGGGUCAUGGAUGGGCAUCCCUGCAGGAAGAACACCGCCUUCUGCUACCGGGGAGUCUGUCAGACAGCCGACAAGCAGUGCCAGAAGGUCUUUGGACGGGGUGCCAAGAACGGGCCCUUGGCCUGCUACGAAGAAAUCAACAGCCAAAGGGACAGAAUGGGCCACUGUGGCUCCAAUCACCGUGGUUACCAGCACUGUGCGUGGAAGGAUCUCCGAUGCGGGAAGCUCGUGUGUGAGUAUCCAGGCUCCAAGCCCUUUACCAAGGAGAAGGCUGCGGUGAUUUAUGCUCGGGUGCAGAGCAUGCUGUGUGUAACGUUAGACUACAUGAAGCCCCCCACGGAGAGGGACCCCAUGCUGGUGAGCGACGGCACCGUCUGCGAUGACCACAAGGUCUGUCUGAACCAGCAGUGUGUGCCUGUCACCACCUUGAACUACAGCUGUGCGAUGAAGACAAAGUGCCACAACCACGGCGUCUGCAAUAACCAAGGGAGCUGCCAUUGCCAUCCCGGCUGGAAACCACCCACUUGCCAGGAGAAAGCAGGAGCGAGGGGCGGCAGUGCAGACGUUGGGAACAAGGGCUCGCCAAAGCUGUGGCUGAUUCUGACCUGCGUCUUCGUGCCCGUUGCCGUCAGGCUCAUCCUCACGGCCCUAAGAAGCACCAUCCCAAGGCGCUGUCUCGCCAGAGAGGAGCUGGAUGGAGACGAGCUGGAAGACAAGGACAGUGCGGGUGAGGAAAGGAGCGUGUCAGAUGUGUAG